CAGCAGCUUAGCAACAGGAGCUGUGAUGGAGAAGGAUGCAAAAAUACACUGGAGGUGGGAAGAAAACGCAAGCCAACAGAAGAAAGGGCAGAGUCGAAGAGGAAAUAUGACCACGCGAGGAAUCUAACUCGAAUAAACAUCGGGUCAUCCUUCAAGUGGUGGAGAAAGCUCCACCAAGAUUUGGGCCUGAGUUUUUGUUGAACAGGUAAUUUUUGCCAUUUAUCGUGGCACAUGUUACAUAAAUAACUCCUAUGAGUCUCUGUGGUGUCACCAUGGUAGCUGUCCAGGCAGCUGCAGACGGUGCUAGCUAGCAGAGCUGGCGUUUACUGCUGCUAGUCCUGAGCAAUCCGACAUAGUGAAUCCUAUUUAAAGCUAGCGUAGGAUCUUCUGCCGGCCGGCUUCUUGCUCUGCCAGAGGGGAUGUGUAGUGGGAGGACGAUACAGGUUCAGGGGGGGAGUUAUCGUGGAGUACAGAGGGGAGAGAUUUGUUUGUGGGGGGUGGGACGGUUUUUUUCAAAUCUGCCUCAACGGCUGAGUUUUUUUCAACUGCUUCUCAGAUCGUCAAUCAUGCCUUUGAUUGGUUCUUUAUGUCAAAAACAAAUGUCUGUUUGGACAUGGUUGUUAAGGAAAGUGCAGUAAGUCACAUAUUUACAGCUAUGUCAGUGUUUGAAUGGCUCGGGGUCUGAAUGAGUCAGAUGAAAUCAUUAACCAGAUUUUAGCAGAAGUAAUUUUUUUUUUCAUCUUGUAUCGAUGAGGCCGAAUGCUAAAUGUGAUUCCCUGAGUUGUAUGUGAUGCUAAUGUUAACCUGCUGAUGUUAAACCUGACAUGUGGAAGCAGUUUUUGGUAAAACUCUGACACAACACAACAAGGACCUUUCUGAGGAUAAAUAUGAGAAAAAAUGCCAUCAAUUAUUCUCCAGCUGUUUUAAACUUAAAUGGCCCAGUGGUGUAGUGUUUAACAAUGUUGCCUCACAGCAAGAAGGUCGUGGGGUCAAAUCCGGGUUAGGGUGUUUUUGUGUGGAGUUUGCAUGUUCUCCUUGUGUCUGAGUGGGUUUACUUUAGGUACACCGGUUUCCUCCCACAUCCCAAAAACAUGCAGAAGUGGGGUACGGUUAAUUCUUCACUUUCAAAUUACCCGUAGGUGUCUCUAUAUGUCAGCCCUGCGAUAAACUGGCAACUUGUCCAGGGUGUCCCCUGCCUUGCCGCAAGAUACUGGGAUAGGCUCCAGCCCCCCUGCAACCCCCAACGGGACAAGUGGUAGAAAAUGGAUGGAUGGAUUGAUGGAUGGCUUUUGAGCAAAGUCUAUCUUCUUAGUGAUAGUUUUGUUUUCUUAGCUCAUGUAAAGGCAUCUUUAUUGACUUCAGUCUGUUUCAUUACCAGUUAAAGUUGGCCUGUUAUCUUGUUUUAUGUCUUUUUCUGAUAAAUGAGAGUCACAAUGAGAGUUGAGGGUUGGUAGGACAGGACAAACUUUGUGUUCUUUACAUCUGUUAAAAAUCUAAAACUCUAAAUUUUGAAAUGUAGGUAUAUCUCCAGUGUAGUGCAUCCUUUGUUUUCUUGCAUUAUGCUUGUUGCCUUGCAGUGGUUUGUAAAUGGUGUCUAAAUCUGGCGCAGAGUGAACGUGGAGCGCUGGGAUGCCUCGGUGUGGGCUGUUUGGUGCACUGCUGGACUGAAUGAUUGUUUUAAUGGAGGAGCGUGGAGCUGGAGGAAACCCUUUUUAUGGCUGCAACAACACUGAGGUACCAUCACACACACACAGACACACACCGUCUAUCAUGUGUGCUCAACUUUCCUCACAUGCAAUCUCUAUAAUUGGUGGAAGCAGCUGAGAUGGCACACAGUGUUUAUGGGGGAGCAUCUGCAAAAUGCUAAUGCCUGAAUGUAACAGAUUAGUCUCAGUUAGAACAGGAGGAAGAGGAUCUUACAAUCAGAAUCAACCAAACUAUCAGGUGUGUUCUGCAGAGAAUCAAAAUCUCCAGAUCAGCAUGCAAAGAAAAAGAGAGGGCACAAAGACAAAGACAGGCAGGACGAUCUAUUAACGGCUUUUUUAGUCUCUCCUCUAAAUCCCAAACCCUAAUCAGAGAGUCCAUGUUAAUGAUCAAACAUACACACACACAUAUACACACACAAAGACACACAAGUGUAACAACCUUGUCCCAUCAGGCAGAUUACACGCCUUUCUGUUCACCCCCAGAGGUCAUCCAACCUCAUGGCCUGUUGGGCAACAAGCUGUUCAGCUAAUCAGCGGAGAGCCUCGUCUCUCCAGGGACGGACAUAUGGUUAACAACACGGUGACAUCACAACAAACAACUACAGCUGUGAAAUCACAAAGUCUUCACGGCCUCACGGUGGUGUCGUAAAUCUCUUUGUGAGCACAUCUGCCUCCUCUGAACCGGCUGUGAGGUCUAUAUAUCCAAACACAGAGCCAAACUCUGAGUGGGGGCGAUGGUCUCAGUGAUUUAAAGCUGUGAUGAGGGUCAUGAAGUGAUGUCAGAUUACAUUACAGCGGUAGGUGGCGGCUGAUACAGCCUCCCCUCCCCCACCCCUCCUCCUUAAAGACCUUUCCUCACACUCUUACUCUCACUUAAAGUCAGAUAAAGCUUACAAAGCUUCAAGUCUCCUUUAUGUCUGUGUUUGGCACAAACAGUGUUUAAAUCCUCUAUAUCACUAAUACACAGGUGCCUCUUAUUAGAUGAGAAUAUUGUGAGGAUGUCACAGAUCACAGUGGGUUUUUUUUCCCUCCAAGAAACUGACUCAUGACCUUCACCAUGAAUCAGAGACAUUUGAGAGACUUUGGAGUUUGCAUGUUUCCCACAGAGACUUUGAAAAGCUCUCCCUGGACAGUGUGGUCUGGUUAAGCUAUCCGUGCUGUUCAACUCCUCCUUCACCUUUUACUUAAUUAUUGUAAAUAGUAGGCAUCAGUGACCUUUAGCUGCCGCACAGCUCUCAUGCAUCUUACCAGCUAAAAGUCUUCACUCUCUUAUUAUUACAAACUCUGUAAACUCUGUAAAUCUGUGAAAACUCAAAGUUACCACCAUAACUGUGACAUAUUAAAUAAGUAAAGUUUAUAACAUUUGACUGUGUUUUUCUGUAUUUUGUAUUUUAUAUAUGCCUGAUGUAUGAAUUACAUUUACCAAAAAUAACAUCUUAUCUCUCAUCUCAUCAUCCCAUCAGUAUGGCAAUUUUACAGCUUGGACACAAAAUACAGACUGCUACAAAUAAUAAUGAUUAUGUAUGUGGCCUUUCAUUUGUGCUGCUGUCAACUGUCAAUCAAACCCUGACAUGAAUCUAAUAACUAUUGAGACCAUUUUGAAAGGUGGAUCUCACUUGACUGUAACAACACUCUGAGCAGGAAGCAUGUUGAAAACCACAGACAUAUCUGAAGUAUGAUCAGGAUGAUGUUACCUCCAUUCAGCUUUAUUUUGAAAGACUCAGGAGUCUGUGGUGGUACCAUCGGCCUGUUGAUUUGAGAUUUAUUCGUGAUUCUGGCUUUAUAUUUCAUACAGCAGAUUCAAGUUACAAAGUUGUUCAACUGCAUACUUACAGCAUAUGUGUUCAUGAACUUUUUUGAAAUUCUGACCACAUUUACAACAUUUUGGUUGACUUGCAAAUGUCGCUCUGUGACCUUGAGGUCAUUUUUAAACAAUCAUACAAAUUAGUCUAUGAUUUGGAUUUUAGCAAAUAAAUGAAAACACUACCAGUCAAGUUCAGUACCUUCAGGGCCUAAGUUAAACCACGUAGAGAACCUGUGGGAAGGAGAAGAUGAGAAACAGCAGACCCAAAAAUACAGACCAGCUGAAGGCCUCUAUUCAAUCAACUGGUGCUUCAAUAACACCUCAACAGAGCUACAGGCUUAUAGCCUCCCACAUCACAUUGGUGUUAAAAUUAAUGGGAAACGAGCCACAGUUUAAAAUUAACUUAAUUUCUUGCUGUCAUGAAUUAUGGACCAAUCAUUAAAAUUAUUUUAAAAAAUUAUUAAAAGGCUUGAGACAUUUAAUUUAGAUGCAAUAAAUCCCUUUAGGAUUACUUGAAUUUCUGCAUGAAUCAGUCAUAAAAUGUGUUCUGAUCUUCAUGUAAGUCACAACAAUAGACAAACACUGUUUCAUUUUAUAGAUUAUGGGCUCUAUUUUCGUGUCUGCCGGCGAUGCGGCGGACAGUGGCGGACCCCGCGCAGUGGUAUUUUGUUCUGGCAGAGCCCGGCGUACCGCCGGUUGGUAUUUUCAUGGACUGAGGCGCACCAAAGUCCACCAAGCUGGGCGUGGUGGCGUGGCAGGGGGAGGUAUCGACAGAAUCAGCUGGCGCAGUGACAUUUUCGUGCUCGCCGCUGGCGUGUAAAGUGCACUUAAAGCUCGCCGAUUCAAACCUGGUCAGCUUUCAGCACAGGCGGAGCGCAGCUGGUCUAAUGGUAUUUUGGUAGACCGGCGGCGUAUCGGCAUACGUCAUCGAUGCCUCACCGGCAGGUUUCCACAGUGUCAGGCACAUUUCAGUGCAAUAAAUAAUCAUCAACAACUAAUAAUCUGAGUCAGCACAUACAUUUAGAUCUAUAUAGAUAUAUUCUGACCUAUAUCUGAUCUGAUGAGCGCGUUUGGCCCGCGUUUGGACACACAACCUGACCGAAUCAACACAGCUGCUGAAUCUGUAUUAAGGUAAAUUAAAUAUUUAGUAAAUAAACACAUAUGAUUAAGGGAACAAGAUAUUUUAUUCGUCUCCCUCCUUUUCUUUCUUCCUCUUCCUCUUAUUUCUCGUGCAGCUCGACCUGGACAUGUCUCCGUGUCCUCUCCCCGUCCUGCUGCAGCGGCUGAAGAAAUGAUUUGUUUCAGUGAUCAGAUGAUUUGUUUUGUGAGCCAAAUUUAUUUUAUAUGCCAAUAUCUAUGAAAGAAAGAGCCAGGUCACGGAGCGCGUCAUUACGCACAGAUGGUUCCGAUUUUAAUGCCAUUAUUGGAAUUUAUGUUGUGAUCUCCGCGCACAACCCACCUUUGUCACGUGAGGUUUGAAUAUAUGCAACUUCGUGUGAGUGUCUUUAUUUGUGGAAAGGGUGUUUGUCUUAUCAGUGGGUCCAACAUUACACACACCAAAUCCAUCUGUGCUCAUAUGGAGCACGCCCUCUGCAGCGCUUACAGCGACACUUGUUGAGGAGCUGCCUUCUGUCGCCAUCGUGUGGCAUUGCUGUCUUCAGACAUCUCUUGAUCUCUUUGACUACUUCACGAAAAUUGUAAUACCCCUCGCCAGUGGCGGAUUUAAAGGUGAGGAGAGGUGCUGAUGUUAUUGGUCAAUACAGGUCUCGGCUGUGUUAAACCCACUCCACGCCCUCUCUCCUCCCUUGCUACGACUUACGUCACUGGGAGGAGCUGAGUUAGGGAGGGGGGAUACCAAAAUACCAAAUUGUGCUUGGGAACACCUUGUCCGCACGGCGGAUCUGACUUACAGGGCGCCUGCGCUACAUCUCCGGUAAGGCAUGAAAAAAAAAGCCCUAUCUGUCCACCAACUGAGGCUCAAUAGUCAAUGGGUGAUGCAACAGGACAACAACCCAAAGCAUUAAAGUAAAUCAACAACAACAUGGCUUCAACAGAGAAAAAUCGAACUACUGGAGUAGCCCAGUCAGAGUCCUGACCUCAACCUGAUUGAGAUGCUGUGGUGUGACCUCAAGAGAGUGAUCCACACCAGACACCACAAGGAUAUUGCUGCACUGAAACAGUUUUGUAAAGAGAAAUGGUCCAAAAUUUCUCCUGGCCAUUGUGCAGGUCUGAUCCACAACUACAGGAAAUGUCUGUUUGAGGUCACUGCUGCCAAAAGAGGGUCAACCAGUUAUUAAAUCCAGAGGUUCACAUACUUUUUCUUGCAACUGUAAUCUUUGAAAAAUUUCCAUAAUUUGCUGAUUCAUUGAGACAUACCUACACUUUCAGUACAGUCUGUAAAAAGAGAUUAGUGUCUAUGCAGUUACUUUUAAAGAGUCAGUAUUCAGAGUUAGUCGUCUGUUUCCCUCAGUCUCAUCUCAGGAUAAAACCUUAUUACAGAUCUGUAAGCUUGGCUCUCUGCUGUAUGGAAACGACAUUCAUGUGUAAUUAAAUCCAAUUUUCUCUUGAUCAGAUACUAAAUGUGACUUGGACAGGAGGAGCGCAGCUCUUUGGACCGAGUCCAGGAUGUGGCAGCUUGUUUCGCUGGGUGAAUCCCUGGACUGUCACUGGCUGGCGUGAAUGCAGCUCAAUAAGCCUGAGCGAGAAAAUCUGACAUCAAAGUGAAAACUCUCUACAUCUAAGAAGAACAUCAGCCGGGUCACUGCAAGACAACUUAUGUAACUGCUGGGCUGAUAUUUACUGAUUUCAUGUGCUUCAUCUAUAAAACAUGAUGUCCUCUCACAACUUCCACACUGAUGCAGAGUCCACUGAGGAGACUUUGCACCAUGGCUUCUUCUUCUCUGCUGCUUGUCAAACCUUGUUACAAAUUAUACCUCUGAGAAUAAGCAGCCAAAGACCCACUGUGUACAUUUUGAUAGCACUUUGAUAGUUGCCAACAAAGGCAAAUAAUCUACAACAGCCUGAAUAACCUUUAUUUGGGGGGAUGAACCAUAAAUGCAGACAGAUACAAGUUCAAAACCAAAAUGCAAAAGUCCACAUUUCCCGUACAAUGUACUCCCGGUGUUAGAAGGACUCUUAGAGGGACCAAGAACUCCUAUGCCGGCAUCAUAAUUUCACUGUGUCAAGACCAGUGUGAGACAGACAUGUAUGUUUUUACCACAGUGUCAUUCUCCCUCCGU